CAAGUGAAAUACAACCACAAAAGGGGACUUUUCCAAUUAAUUGCGAUUUAGAUCAUUGGGAAAACUCACGUAGUGUUUUUAAAGCGCUCUUUUUUCCUAAUGGGAGUACAAAAAGGCGGGGAGUUAAUGGGUUAUUCUGUGCUCGCGUGGUAAAUUCUGCAUUUUUUUCUCGCGGGCAUCAGCAAGAAAUUUUUGAUUGCUGGGGAAUUCAUUUGCUUUUGAUGACGUAGUCCGCACAAAUACAUAGAGCAGUGGGUAGAUAGUGAAGAGCUAAAUAAUGUAUGUCUGUCCAAGUUGUGGCUUUCUGUAUUCACGCUACGUUACUCAGCUCAGUGUCGGACCAACCAUUGGAUUAACUAGACCUGCGUGCCUUGAUCACAGUUAAAUUUUCAAGAGAAGCUCUUGAAUUGAAAAAAAAAAUUCUCAGUUCGAUCAAAUUGUGCGAAAAAGUGCUCCAGAGUGCUUAAAAGUGAAUUGAAUUAGAAGGAAAAUUUUAAAGAAAAGUGCCUGUGAGUGCCUUUGCGUGACCUUUUGCCACACCAAAACCCCAAGAAAUCAUCAUCAAAAAAUGCCUCUUCUGCGGAAGUGCUGCUGCUGCUUCUCCCUCAAGACGGGCGGAGUAAUUUUGGGCUGGAUUGGAGCUGUGUCAUCCUUCCUUGUUGCCGUCAUUUGCCUCAUUGCCAUCUGCAAUGUGGAGACAAUUAUCAGUGCCAUCAAAGAGCACGUUAAGGAAGAGAAUAUUCAGGAAGAUACUCUCAGAUCGGUCUUGCAGAUCUUUUUGGGUGUCUACAUUGCCCUCUCCUUGAUCGGCCUUAUCUCAGCAUCCCUCCUAAUUGCUGGCUCUGUACGUCGGAAUCGCUACUUUAUCCUGCCAUGGCUCAUCACAUGCGGCAUGAAUCUCCUCUUUGGCCUCCUCUUCAGCCUCUUCCAGGUCGUUGGAGCCAUGACUGCUGAUGUUGGCUAUGGCUUCUUCACGCUCUUCAUCGUUGCCAUCGUGUAUGGAUUCGAGCUCUACCUCUGGUUGGCCAUCUUCUCACUCUUCCAGCAACUCCGCGAAGAGGAGACUAAGGGUGUGGGUGCAGCAGCUCUCAUCUACAAAGCCCCACCAACUGAUGGCCUUCCAGCUUACACGGGCUUUGCUUAAAUCCCAAAUUUUUAAAGGGCCCUCACCUGUGCCACUCACAAGAUUCUUUUUACGUACUCCUCCGCAUUAUUCUUAUUAUUUUUGUGAACCUCUAAUGAGUGCACCGGGUGGGAAUGAAUGAAACAAAGCUGUGAAUUUUUUAUUCGACUAGUAAAAUGUAUUUUCUCUGUAUGAAGGAAAAUCCAACAAAAAAAAUCUCACGAAAGCAAAUUAAGCGUGAAUUCUUCCCAUGGAAUAUGGAAGAAUUCAUCGACAUAUAUUUUCUUACUAUAUUAUUAUUCUUUUACGAAUAAAACAAAAUAAGUUUAGCGUGUGUAAUACCAGAGUUCAAUUUGAUAACGAAUUUAUGUAAAAGUGAAUUAACGAUGUGAGUAGAUUUGGGCGCUUCUCAAUUUUUACGAAGCUGUAUGACCAUUUUUUGUUGUUGAAGAAAUCAAUAAAAUCUCUCAUUUUAUUUUAUAUUACGUAAAAA